ACUUUCGCGCAGGACUUCCCUGUGUGGGCGAGAACGUUUCUUCCCUCUUUCACUGCUUCUUCUACUUGGGCUUCAACAGGAACCCAAGUGACUGCUGCAGCAAUUAAGGAACCACGCCUGUUGCUCUCUAAUUUCUUCUAAAAUUGCAGCACUUAGACAUCCAUUCCCUGGAACUGAAAGUUUUGACUCAAGGAGCUCCAAACCGGCUGGUCCAAAUACGCACGGCUUUUUCCUUCCACUCUCCCCUCCAAUUAUUCAAUUAUCGCGAGAGCCUGCAUCCAGACCCUUCAGGACCACCGCUGGUCACUCUGUCCGGCACUGUAACAAACAUGGACUACUACAAGAUUUGCGUUUUCCUGCCAUUGUGGAUCAAGUUUGCAGCCUCUGUCUUCUCUACUGAUGCUCCACCGGCUUUUGCGAGCAUUCCCAAAGAGAAACUACUCGUCUUAACUGUGGCCACAGAGGAAACGGAUGGCUUUCGCCGCUUCAUGCAUUCUGCUAACUAUUUCAACUACACUGUAAAGGUCCUUGGAAUGGGAGAGAAAUGGAAAGGGGGCGAUGUGGGUCACUCUAUUGGUGGAGGGCAAAAAGUCAGACUACUGAAGAAAGCCAUGGAAGAUCUCGCUGACCAGGAGGACCUUGUAGUCCUGUCUGUGGACAGUUAUGAUCUUAUCUUCGCUGGAGGACCUGAAGAGAUUCUCAAGAAGUUUAAGCAGGCCAAUCAUAAAGUCCUGUUUGCAGCGGAGGGGUUGAUAUGGCCCGAUAAACGGCUGACGGACAAGUACCCCUCGGUCCGCAGUGGCAAACGUUUCCUCAACUCCGGAGGUAUAAUUGGCUAUGCCCCGUAUGUAAACAGAAUCGUCUCCGAGUGGAACCUCCACGAUAACGACGACGACCAGCUCUUCUACACCAAAAUAUACCUGGAUCCACUGAAACGAGAAACUCUCAAUAUGACUCUUGACCACAAGUGCCAGAUUUUCCAGAACUUGAAUGGAGCUGUUGAUGAAGUGCUUCUUAAGUUUGGAACAGACAGAGUAAGAGUUAGAAACACAAUGUACGACUCUCUGCCAGUUGUUGUUCAUGGCAACGGAAAGACUAAAAUGUAUUUGAACUACUUGGGUAACUAUGUUCCCAAUGCAUGGAACUAUGAACAUGGCUGCAGUGGCUGUGAUGAUGAUCUUCUGGACUUGACCCAGUUAGAAGAGUAUCCGAACGUGUUGGUCGGAGUGUUCAUCGAGCAGCCAACUCCGUUCUUACCUGAAUUCCUGCACCGUCUCCUGACCCUGGAUUAUCCCAAAGAUAAACUUCAAGUAUUUGUCCACAAUAAUGAGGUUUACCACGAAAAGCACAUCCAGACCUUCUGGGAGGAGAGCAAGAAUGUGUUCGGCAGUUUUAAGGUUGUUGGACCUGAAGAGAACCUGAGCCAAGGGGAGGCCAGGAACAUGGGCAUGGACCUUUGUCGAAAGGAUGCCACGUGUGACUAUUACUUCAGCAUCGACUCGGAUGUGAUGCUCACCAACAGACAGACAUUAAAGCUUCUCAUUGAACAAAACAGAAAAAUAAUUGGUCCCCUCGUCACCCGACAUGGCAAGCUUUGGUCCAACUUCUGGGGAGCCUUGAGUCUGGAUGGGUAUUAUGCACGAUCUGAGGAUUAUGUGGACAUUGUGCAAAGGAAGCGCGUGGGCGUGUGGAACAUUCCUUACAUGGCGCAUGUAUACCUCAUCAAGGGGGCUGUGUUGAGGAAUGAACUUAAAGAAAGGAACUACUUUGUUCUGGAGAAACUGGACCCAGAUAUGGCUUUGUGUAGGAAUGCCAGAGAAAUGACCAGUCACAGAGAAAAAGACUCCCCUUCUCCGGAAUCAUUCCAUAUGCUCAGGCCCUCAAAGGGAGUCUUCAUGUUCAUCACCAACCGUCACGACUUCGGGAGGCUCAUUUCUACAGCCAGUUAUAACACUUCUCAUUACAACAACGACUUGUGGCAGAUAUUUGAAAACCCUGUGGACUGGAAGGAGAAGUACAUCCACCAAAACUACACCCAGAUUUUCACGCACAACUUCUUGGAACAGCCCUGUCCAGAUGUGUAUUGGUUCCCAGUUCUCUCAGAGAAGGCCUGUGAUGAAAUAGUCGAGGAAAUGGAGCACUAUGGUUCAUGGUCUGGGGGCAAACAUGAGGACAAAAGAAUUUCUGGAGGCUAUGAGACGGUGCCGACAGAUGAUAUUCACAUGAAGCAGAUUGGGUUUGAUAAAGAGUGGCUACACUUCAUCCGAGAGUUCAUAUCACCCGUUACACUAAAGGUCUUCUCUGGUUAUUACACAAAGGGCUAUGCCUUAAUGAAUUUUGUGGUUAAAUAUACACCUGAGAGGCAGGCGUACUUAAGACCCCACCACGACUCUUCCACCUUUACCAUCAACAUCGCUCUCAACAACAAAGGCAGUGAUUUUCAGGGUGGAGGCUGCCGCUUUCACAGGUACAACUGCUCCAUAGAAUCACCAAGAAAAGGCUGGAGUUUCAUGCAUCCAGGAAGACUCACCCACCUUCACGAAGGCCUCCCCACCACCAACGGCACCCGCUACAUCGCAGUGUCCUUCGUUGAUCCUUGAAAUUAGUUUUUUUUUUUUUUUUUUCCGCCCACAUUUUUUCUUAUGUAGUUCUGUGCAGCAUUUUUUAAAGCUUUUGUUUUAAAAUAGUUUUUAAAAAUGAAGUGUUGAAAAUGAUCUCUGUCAAACAGAGUGGAAAGGGAAGUUCUAAAUGUUAAAAAAAAAAGCACGAUAAAGCAACACUUUGGAAGGACGAACGUGUACUGUAGGCUGCCAUGAUCUUCAUAGUUCAGGUUCAACAUCGUCAUGGAGGCCAUUGUUCAAAAUACUGUCAACAUUAAGGAAUAAGUAGCGGGUGUUGUCUUUCUACUUUUCUUUCAGGGAUAAAUAUCACUGAAGGGUUUUUUUUUUUUUUGUAAAAUAUAAAGAUUACUACUGGUGCUUUUUGACUUCCCUUGUUUCUACAUCCAAGUUUAUUUUUUUUUCCAAAGCAGUUCAUUGGGAAUCUGUACUAAAUAAAACCUUUUUUGUAAUUUUGCACUUUCAAAAAUCAAAAUAGCAGUGUUCCGGUUUACUGUUUUACACCAAAAGCUCUCUUCCUACACUUACUUCCAUCUUUGACUUUGAUUUUUCUGUUUGUGUUUGACUGGAUUUUGAAAUUGAGCAAAAUUAACUUGUUUAAUUUAUUGUCAAGGGUUAAUAAAUCUAUCUCUUGGAAA